AUGUCUCAAACUCUCGCUCUCGUCACCGGCUCAACCCAAGGCAUCGGCCUCGCAGUUGCCAAAGAGCUCGCCAUCAAGCAUAACUACCAUGUCCUUCUCGGUGUUCGAAACACCAAAGCCGGCGAAGACAUCGCCUCUCAUCUCCGCAAAGACGGCCACCAAGCUUCAGUUGUAGAGCUUGACCUCACCUCUGCUGAGUCAAUUGACAAAGCUGUCAAGCAUAUUAAUGAGAAGUACGGGUAUCUCGAUGUUCUCAUCAACAACGCUGGUGUUUUGCUGGAUAGGCACGAAGGUCUUUCGACCUGGGAGCUCUUCUCCAAGACCUUCACCACCAACGUCAUUGGAACCGGUUGUCUCACUCAAAGCCUUCUCCCUCUUCUCCGCAAAGCGAAGAAUGCUCCACCGCGCAUCGUAUUUGUAACGAGCGUCAUGGGCAGUCUGGCGAAAGCAACUGAUGAAACCACGACCUAUUACAAUACAGACUACAAAGCCUACGACGCGAGUAAAGCAGCUGUUAACAUGCUUAUGUUCAACUUUGCACGGGAACUGGAUGAUGUUGGAGGAAAGGUCAACUCUGUUUGUCCAGGAUUGGUCAAGACGGGCUUGACUAAUUAUCAUGAGUGGGGAACAAGCACUGAGAUUGGCGCGGAAAGGAUCGUUGAAAUGGCGACUAUUGGGGAGGAUGGGCCUACUAAGACUAUCAGUGAUCGCAAUGGAGAACUUCCCAGGUAG